GUGAAUUUGAUUAGAGUCUUCAGAUGCGGGAUUCCAUUUGACAUUUAUGCUCCCAAUUUAAAAUUUCUUUUAGAAGUUAGAUGCUCCACAAAUGAAUGUUGUUGUAGGCAGAAAGAAAGUCGAAACUUGGAUUGUCUUUGGAAGACCCUGCAUAUGCAACAUCUGCCACACCUCUGAUGCAAGAAUUAAAAAAGGUGUCGUUGCCUGUCGAGCCUGCUGCAUUGCCUGUCAAGCCUGCUUCAUUGCCUAUCAAGCCUGAUUUAUUGCCUGUCAAGCCUGCUACAACAGUAGAACUCAUGAGAGACUGUUUGAGAUCUCUCAGGCACCAACACAAGGAUGAUGAUGCCAAAGUGAAAAGGGCCUUCCAAACUCUUCUAAUUUAUGUCAGAAAUAUUGCAAACAAUCCUGAUGAAGGAAAAUUCAGGAAGAUCCGACUCAGUAAUCCAGCCUUCCUGGAUAGAGUUGGGAUUUUCAAAGAAGGUAUCGAAUUUCUUGAGCUCUGUGGGUUUGAGAGAGUUGGAGGUGGCAAUUUUUUGUGUAUUCCCCCAGAGAAGACUGACAUGGCAGUACUUCGAUCAGCUGGCCAAGUGUUGAAUUCUGCUUUAACGAAUCCCUUUUUUGGACUACUGUCAAGGUGAGAGAAUCUGAGUGUUUUUAUAAGCUCAGUGACUCAGGUUUGAGUGUCAUGAGAAACUUUGAAUGCAGAUGAACAAAAGAACAAUAGAAAACAUGUUUCCUACUAGAAAUUAUCAUGUUGUCUCUCUUGGGUUGGGGGCUUUUAAUUCUUAUGAUUUGUAAUUACACAAUGGCCUGAAAUGAUUGUAGAUUAUCACGAUUACAGUCUUAUUUCAUCUCUUCUGAG